AUGAAAAUCAUAGGGUGGCUGCACCUCUCCGGGCUGGCGUGGGCGGUGCUGCUCCCCGCCGGCUGCCGGACGGACCUCGAGGACCUGGCCAAAGAGUCCAGAUGGCAGUCUUACGAAUCGCGAAGCGCCCGGAGCUUCGCGGCCGCCCUCAAGCGGCACUCGGAGGGCACCUUCACCAGCGACUUCACCCACUACCUGGACAGGAUGAAGGCCAAGGACUUCGUGCACUGGCUCAUCAACACCAAGCGCUACAGCUCCACAAAGAGGUACCUGAAGGAAGAUGCCCGCGGUCUCUCCUUCCCCGCCGGGUAUAAUUAAGCAUCGCCUGGAGGCAUCGGCUUUCCAGCAGCAUCAGCCCUUGGCUGUCG